AUGAAGGUUCUUACUCCAUUCAUUUCAUUGCUGGCUUUUAGCGCCGUCCCCGGCGCCAUCGGAGCACCAGUAAUCGACAACGAAGAUGCCAUCGAACGAGCCAAAGUCGAAACCAAAGAACUCACAGCCUUCGAAACGGUAACCGAAACCGCCAAGGCUAGUACGGUGACCAAAGCCGCUACUGUGACCGAACUUGCCACCAGGAUCAUUAGAGUCGGUGCCACGAAUGCGAACGCGAACGUCAAACCCGCGGCUCCAUCCUCGAGUGCAAAACCAUCACCGAAACCUAAUAAUCGCCCCACCAACAAUAAUAACAACAAUGGUGGAAGAAAACCCAAUAACAAUAACAAUAACAAUAAGGGCAGUAGUAUCAAAUAUAUCUAUGUCACCAGGACUUCGGUUAAAUAUGUUACGAGUGUGAAGAAUGUUACGAAGACAAAGGAGGUGGUCAAAACCAAGCAGGUUACGAAUACUAAGGAGGUUACGAAUACCAAGGAGGUUACGAAUACUAAAGAAGUCACAGAAACGAAGUUUGUGACUGAGACAAAGACCGAGACUGAGACUGAGAGUAGUAUUACCUUGGGCGGCAUCAAGCCUUUACCUACCCCGGAUGAUGAAGAAGAGAAGGAAGAAGAGGCACCGAAGGUUACACCCGCUGCCGCUAUUGUUGACGACGAAGAUGAUAAGAAGAAAGACGAAGAGAAGGAAGAAGAGAAGGAAGGAGGAAAGGAGGCAGUAGAAGGAGAAGGAGAUGGACCAGUUAAGAUCGCUACCGCACCAAACCCAUCGAAGACCGAGGAGGGUAAAAUGAAGAUCGCGACUGCACCAAACCCAACUGAUGAAGAGGGAGCAGAGCCUACCACUCCACCAGCGGAGAAGACUGAUGAUGAGAAGAAAGAUGGAGAAGAAGGCGAAGGCGAGAAGGAGGAAAAGUUGAUGAAGAUUCAGACCGUCCCUAACCCUACCGAAGAAGAGGAUGCUACCAAGACCCCUGCUCCUGAAGCAGACACGAAGGCUGAUGAAGCAGACACUAAGGCUGAUGAAGCAGACACUAAGGCUGAUGAAGCAGAUACUAAGGCUGAUGAAGCAGAUACUAAGGCUGAUGGAGCUGAAGAGAAGAAGGACGAUGGGGAAGAAGAAAAGAAGGAAGGUGGUGAUGAGGAGAAGAAGGAUGUUGGGGAAGAAGAGGAAACCAAGGCUGAAGCUAAGAAGGCCGCUCCAACUGACGAGGACUCUGAAGCUGGUUCCGUCGUCGUGCCAGUGGAAGGUAUGUAG